GUGAGGUUGAAGAGAGUGCUGCAUGAAUUACUGACACAAAACACAGUCACACCAGAGACUAGAAGACAACUUCUGGAAAUGGCUCAAGAGGACCAGGAUGAGACGUCUCAACAAGCAGUAGCCAGUGAUAAAGAGAAGGGGCCAGUGAACCAGGCCUCUCCUGCCAUUAUUGAGAUUCAUGACUCUGCAACUGAAUGUGAGGAAGACCAGAGGCCUAGCCUACUGCAGAUGGAGGAAAAGGCAUUUGUUUCAAGUCUACACUCUUUUAUGAAGGACAGAGGUACACCCAUAGAAAGGAUCCCACACCUGGGCUUCAAACAGAUUAAUCUCUGGAGGAUCUACAAGGCUGUUGAGAAACUUGGGGGUUAUGAUUCAGUAACGGCCCGGCGUCUUUGGAAGAAAGUGUAUGAUGAGCUAGGAGGAAGUCCCGGUAGCACCAGUGCUGCUACCUGCACCCGCAGACACUAUGAGAAGCUUGUGCUGCCCUUUGAAAGACACUCAAAAGGAGAGGAAGACAAGCCUCUGCCUCCAAGCAAGCCACGAAAGCCAUAUAAGAGAAAUUUGGAUGGCAAGGUCAGCAAGGCAGAUGGGAAGAGGAAGAGGACUCAGUCAGACAGAGAGAUGGAUUCUGAGAUGCUCCCCCAGAGGAGUUCAGAUGCCGCUUGCCAGGGUGAAGCAGUGAUGCCUCCUCACUCUGUCCUCUGGGCUGCCACCUCUGACAGGCACCAUCCAGACUGUUCUCAGCCCAACAGAGCCCCCGCUGAUCUUUGUACUGCUGUGUAUGCCCACCUUCUUCAAGUCCCCACAUCCACCCCCUGGACUGCUCACAUACCAUCUGCAGCCGGAGAGGUCAUCUCUCCUUUGGAGAAAAAAAAGCGAUUGGCUCAGGCUAGUCUUAACCUGCCCCUGAGUCCACAGAGCAAGGAUAGAGAAAGGCCCUCUGUCAUCCAGUGCUCACAGUCUCCAGCCCGCGCUUCGUCCAGUCGGAACUCCUCUGAUGGCUCGCUGCUCCCUUUAUCUUCCUCUUCUUCUCGCAGCCCGUCCCCUUACUCUGUUUCAUCAGAGGAUGGCCCAGCAGGGAAUGAGCCUGCAUCAGCCUCUGAGGUUCCCCAUGACUGUUUGAGCACUGUCAAAAAUACAUCCAGCUGCAGCAAGUCUGUGAGCUGUAGUCAGACAUCCAAAGACCUUGUAGGACAGAAUAAAGACAUUUCUCAUGUCAGCUCCCAGUCACUGAUGGCUAACUCACUAAAAAGCCAAAUUAAAGACUCUGCCUGGGAGUCGGUCCACAAAGCAAGCAACAAACAUUUCACUGAUUCUGCACACUCAUCUUCCUCUUUCACUGUGAAAUCUGACUGGGCUCCAGCAUCUACCUCUAGUUUCACCAAAGUUAUUCCAAAAUCUGUACAGCUUUUGCGGCCUGCUCCUAUUCGGCCAACUUAUAAAUUCCAUCAGAGCAGGCUGGUGCAACAGGACAUCUCCCUGCCAUGUACAAAGAAGCUGAACAAUGUGGCUCCGUGGCUUUAUCAGACAGAGAGGAGGGAUAAAUCCAGAACAAUGCUACAAAAAAUUCCUCUCACUCAGCAGAGUCACUCUGCCACCACUGUGCCACUCUCGUGCAUACUGUCAAACUACGACAAAUCAGGAAGAGACUCUUGGCUCCAGCCUCCAUUUAACCCUAUGUUUCUCCCCAGCAGAAUGAGACUACCUCAGUCCCAGCUAAUGUAUCAUCAUGUACCAGUGGGUCCAGCUCACUCAGCUCUCGUUGGGUCUGCUGUUUACCCCUAUCCCUACACCUUUCCUCUGUUAAAUCCCCAAACUGCAUAUACUGUACCUGCCAUGAAUCCUAUUUAUCCUCACAAACUGUGAUACUUUGUAUUUCAACUCCAAACUAUGGUGUUGAUGAUAGUAAUAAUAGUUUAUCUUUGCACUGAAGAUGGCUUGAGCUUGUCUGCCAACUUUUGAAUGAUUGAGUGUCGUCCUGAUUAAGCCUAACUUGUGUUUUAAACAUAGCAUAAAACACAAGAAGUAUUUAUGCUCUGUGACUUCACACACAGCCUAGCUGUGUUAGUUACUGUAAGUGACUGGCUGGAUCAACCCUCUGUGACCAAAAACAAAAUACAUUAAAGGGAAAUUAGGUUAGUGCAUUGAUGGCUAUAAAUAUUUAUAGUGAAACAAAUUGAAUCAUCCAAGUGCAUCGAAUUGGUGCAUGAUUCUUUUUUUAUGCACAGCAGAACUGAGAAAGAAAUCAUUCAAACUGCAUGUAAUUAUUUUUGUAGCUGUGAUUUAAUAAUAAGAUAGUUUUAACUUAAAGUGAAUUUGAAUGUCUCUGUUUUUGUUUAAGACUUUUUGUAAAAGUCCUUUUACACAAUUAUAUGUACAGGGGAAACAUUUUAAUAACAGUGUUAUGAAUAUGUCAAAUUGACAAAAGAUUUUGUAAACACAUCCACUUAGGGUAAAAACAGAGAUUUGAAAUUCUUCCAGAUUUGAAGUUCUUCCAGAUAUCUUCCUUCUUUGCACAUUUGUCCUCACUUUUGAAAGCAAAGAUGUUUCUAAACUGUAUUUCAUUGUACUGUACUGUUACACCUGAUGAACAUACACAAAUGCUAUAAUGCCUUAUAUCAGUGUUAAAUAUU